AACUGAAAGUAUAAGGGAGACGGAUAGCGGUAAAAUGCUUCCGUCUCAUUUUCCCUUGAGCAAAUUGGCGAAAAUAUCCAGAUUGGCUGCGUAUCAGGUGAAAUGUCACAACAUAACCUCACUUUUGGGAUGUUUUUGGUAAACAAACUCCUGCCCUUCAUUUCUCGCGGGGUUUUUGUGGAUUUUAGUGCAAUUUCCGGGGUACAGUGUGCCCCAAUAGCAUUCCUGAAUCUGUGAUAGACACUCCGUGGUGCUACCUAUGCGGACAAUUGGGCGGAAGAGGCAAUAAAAGAGGUCUUUUUCUCCUUGGAAUGUCACUCUGAAGGGAAUUCCCUUUAAAAAUGAAUGAAUCCGGAAGCUCCGAUAGCUCCUCCAGCAGUAGUAGUAGUGAGGUGGAGGAGUGCUUCCUGCGUUCAUGUCGCAAUGGGGAUCUCAGCAUGGUUCGGAAUAUGCUGGAGAAGCGUGACGCGGGGCAGUAUAGCUUCGAUAUUAGCUGCAAGGGGCAGAGUAAGAGCAAUCUCGGAUGGACUCCACUCCAUCUCGCCACGUACUUUGGGCACAGGGAAGUUAUGGAGAUUCUCCUGGCACGAAUGGCUGAUAUAAAUGCCGUCAAUGAUGCCGGGGAUACACCACUGCACAAGGCAGCUUUCAUUGGGCGCGAGGACCUCGUGAUGAUGCUGCUGCAGUUCAAUGCGAAUGUUAACAUUAUUAAUGGCGAAGGGAGGCUCCCGCGCGAUAUGACGCCUUCCAAUGAAGCUGGUCAGGAGAUUGCAAAGCUCCUCCGGGCAGCAGAAGCAACGGAGCAAUUGCGGAAAGAAGGAAAACUCCUCACGGCAUCCCGAGAGGGAAAUAUUGAGCUUCUUGGGGCACUUCUGAAAGAUGAGAAUCCUCCGAAUAUAAAUUGCGUGGAUGCUCAGGGGAAUUCCUGUUUGCACUGUGCUGCCUACAGGGGGCACAAGGAGACAGCUGUGCUGCUUCUCCAGAAUGGCAUUGACACGAGUAUUCGCAACAAUCGCGGGCAGUUGGCGCUGGAUCUGGCGCGGGAUGCCCAAACACUGCAGGUGCUCAGCGUCAAGGCUGUCCGGAAGGUCCAGAAGACGGCAAAUCGCUACGAGGGGCCCCUCCUGAAGCGAUCACGUUUCCUCGGAUGGAAACCCGUCUGGGCCGUCCUGGAGCGUGGUGUGCUGAAUUAUUUCGCCUCCCGGGCCGAUUCAACUGUUAGUGCGAACAAGAGGAGGGAUUUCAAGUAUCUGGACAGUGCCAGAGUGACACCCUUGACAACGGAUCUGGCCUCAUUUGUUGUGCACUUCAACGAUGGCGCCGUGCAUCGGUUGAGUGUGAUCAACAACGGGGAUCCGCCGCAGGUGGCACGACAGAAGUGGAUGAAUGCCUUCAAUGAGCAUUCAGCCUACAGCUCCCACUACCUCUGGGGCAGCAAUCGCCGGAAGAGUGACAGCGAUGAGGAUUUCAGCAGUAUCGGCGGGAAGCCAUUGGGCUGCAUGACGGAUGCCCUGGCGUCGGCAACGGCGAGCUUUGAGGUGCUUCAGCGGCAGCUGGGUGAGUGCGCAAUGCUGGUGGAGGCGCUCCAGAAGAGUCUCGAGACCACAGACUCAUCAGCAUCACUUCCCAUGUCCGCCAUGAUGGUAAAUCAAGCUCUCUGCUUUUUGCGUUUCCAGCUUGUGUCGGAAACAGCAGCCAAUAUGUUGUCUUCGCUGCAGCACUGCUUGACGCUGUUUCAUCAGCAGGAGGACAUCCGAGUGCUACAGCUGAAGCAGGAGCAGGAAAAGUGUCGUGUCCUCGAGGAGGCACUCAAUGUCCUGGCCAAGGAGCAUCAUGAGCUUGAGCAAUCAGUGGCGAGUCAUAUCUCCGAAACGGGCACCUUCCCACGGAGUUUGAGCCACAAAAGUCCCCGGAUCUAUGAUACGAUGACGAUGAAUUCUUCGACGCCUUCGAGGCGGAUUCCGACACAGACACUCUCGUCACGGCGGAAUCUCUCUUCAAUUCCCCAAGUGGCUCAAGUCAGGACUUGGCUGUUCUUUCACGCUCACGCAGUUCACGCACACAGUCCGGGACACCUCCUGUCGUCCGAGAGGCGACGACGGGGCAGCAAUGAGAGCAAUUCCUCAUCCGGAAGUAGUGAUACCCUCGUCGAUGGCGUGUCCAUUGCCUCGUCGUGUGGGACACUCUUCAGUCAGGGCGGGAAUGCCUACAGGUGUGCGCGGGAGGAGUUCAUCUUCGAACGCCCUGCCUCAUCUGCGGGAGAGAGGAAGGUGGAGAGGAAGAGGAGGAAGAGCACCGAGGAGACGAGCAGGAGCAAAGGACAGAGGCAAUCCCUGCCCGUACCAAUGUUCUCCCGCAAUGACUUUAGCAUUUGGUCAGUGCUGAAGAAUUGCAUUGGGAAGGAAUUGAGUAAGAUCACAAUGCCGGUGAUCUUCAAUGAACCCCUCAGCUUCUUACAACGAAUCACUGAGCACAUGGAGUACGCCACACUUCUCCAUGUGGCUGCUCGGCAGGAGGACACCGUUGAGCGGCUGAAGUAUGUGGCGGCAUUUGCCAUAUCUGCCCUGGCGUCCAAUUGGGAUCGUCUUGGGAAGCCCUUCAAUCCCCUCCUGGGGGAAACGUACGAACUACAGCGUCCUGAGUAUAGGAUUGUGUGUGAGCAGGUGUCGCAUCAUCCACCCGUGACGGCUUUUCAUGCUGAAUCGGAGGACUUUAUUGUGCACGGAUCGGUUCAUCCGAAGCUCAAAUUCUGGGGGAAGAGUGUGGAGAUUCAACCAAAGGGGUGUGUCACAGUUGAAUUCCCAAAGUCUGGCGAUGCAUUCACCUGGUCAGGAGUCAAUUGUUGCGUUCACAAUAUCAUUGUGGGGAAACUGUGGAUGGAGCACUAUGGUACGAUGGAGAUUACGAGCCAUAGAACUGGCCAUCGGGCUGUGGUGACGCUCAAACCCGCUGGAUGGGCUUCCAAGGAUCUCCAUCGUGUUGAGGGUUUCAUCGUUGAUAAAAAUAAGAAGAAGCUUUUCUUCAUCUACGGGAAGUGGACAGAGUUCCUCAAGUGCACAGAUCAAGCUUCCUACGAGGAGUACUUCAAAGAGAAUGCUCAUAAAUUCAAACGAGGCGAUGAACGCAGUCGUAGCCCCAAUGAAUCCCCAGCUCAUACCCCAAGGAAGGUUCUCUCGAAGCUGAAUAGCCUCAAAAUGUCCUCCUUCAAGAGUCUCUCAGUUCAAGAGUCCGACGACGUUCCUGAACCACCGGAAGGUGAUAUUCCCAAAUGUGACUCCACCUACUCAAUAGACAUUCCCAAUUCUCUCACCAUCUGGGAAGCAGAUCCAAGGCCAGAGAAUGCAGCUGAGUACUAUCAGUUUACGCUCUUUGCCAUGGGAUUGAAUGAAAUUGAUCCGGAUAUGAAACCACCGAAAACGCUCUGCCCCACCGAUUCACGUCUCAGGCCGGAUAUUAGGAAGCUAGAGGAGGGUGACAUUGAUGGGGCAGCUGCGGAAAAGACACGCCUGGAGGAGAAGCAGCGCGACGCAAGGAAGGUUCGCAAAGGGAAGAAGGGAGAGGAAUGGGCGCCAAAGUGGUUCACAAAUGGCCCCAAUCCUCACAACAAAAUCGACGAUUGGCUCUACAGCGGUGGCUAUUGGGAUCGAAAUUACGACUCCCUCAUGGAUCUGGAUAUUUUUUAAAGAACAAAAAGAAAAUGAAGGGAAAAUGAAGCCGCAUUGUGAUUAAUUAAAAGAAACAUUCACAAAACACACUCACACACCCCCCCACACAUUGAACAAUGAAAAACCCAUUUCAAUACAUUUUACCUUAAAAAAAAAGAAACAGAAAAAACACAUCAAGAAAAUCUUUUUCUAAAAAGCCCCCUGGAGGUUUUUAAAAGGAAAAUGGGGGUGGAGGAAUUUUUGCGCGGGAGAAGAGCUAAUUAUAUAUGCAAAAUGUAUAUUUUUAUAUAGAGAAUUUAAAGGGAUAAUUUUUGGGGAUUAAAAAGGGUUUCCAUGCAUUUUUUUUCCUUCUCUACGUCUUCAGAAGCUGCUAAAAGCUAUAAAAGAAUAUUUUUACAAAAAGACACUGAAAAAAGACAUUUACUCGCCCCUUUUGCACAAGCGUAAAACAAAUAAAAAUUGGAGAAAUAAUCACAAAAGCUUCAAAAGAAUCCGGCUGAGGGAAGACGAAGAAUUUAAAAAAAAAUCCACGAAAUAUCUGUUUUAGAAGAAAACUAAAAUAUAGGAUCUGUGUUAGAGUGAGAAAAUUGAGAGAACAAAUGACCCCCUAAAGGGACAAAGAUCGUAGAUAAUUACUCUCGGAGGAGGUCCUUAAACGCAGAAAUUGUAGAAAAUUCGGUGUUUAAAAAAUUCCGUUUAAAAAAGAAAAGGAAAUUCACUGAGAGAAAAAAUUAAAAAUAUAUAUUUUUUGUGAUGUGCCAAAGAAUCUAAUAAAUAAAAAAUAGAAUCACAUUGAAAACUCUUAAUGAGAAACAUAGAACAUAAAAUCAGGCUUUUAGCUCUGCAUAGUAGAAGAUUGUAGGGGAAGACAGAGAGGAAGAGAAUAAUGUGUAAAAAGUAAUUCCAAUUAUAUUUAGGAUAUUAGUCUGAAUUUUUUUUAUCAGACUUCAAUGAAUUUUUCCUUGCAAAAAACGGAGGUUUAUCUGUAUGAAAAAAUCAUCAAAUAUUCGCCAGAUAAGCACCCCAUUUUAAGGAAAAAUUCUUGUUGUUUGAUAAAAAGAAAUUCCCAAAGAUUUAAAAAAGUAUGUAAAUGUACUUAGAAACCAUUCCAAAGAUUUUAAUCUCAUCAAUAUUUUAUCAGGAAUUUUUUUUUAUUGAAGGGAUUUUAUAGGAGAAAAUUUUAUUUUGCUGCGGGCAUUUAUUUUGAAUAUAAAUCGACGUUUUACCUGCAAAAUACUUACCAAUUUAUUGGAUUAAUAGGUAAAGAAUACCUUUAAAGGUUUUUUUUUAAUCAAUAAAGGGCUUUCUCUGGUGCGGGAUUAAUGAUUUUAAAGCUUAUUUAAAUAAUUUUUAGUUGAAAAAAAAAAUCGUUAAAUUCAAUUUUAUUUAUUUAAUUUUAAUUGAAAAAAAGGAGUCUAUUCACCCUAUUCACAUUCCUUCGUAUAAUAACCACAAAUAAACGUAAGACAACAUAAACUCAAAUAGAGUAAAGAACAAUAAAAAGAAUCCAAACAGACUCUAUUUUCACUGAAAUAUUCUGUGAAGAAAAUAAGGAAAUAAACUUAAGCCACGCCCCAAUUGCAAUGAUUCAGUUUUCUUUAAAGAAUAAAGUCAUAAAACCACUUUUAAUUUUGCAGGAGAAACGUCGAAAUGUAUUUUUUUUUAUUUUAAAAGAAUGUUAUUUCUUUUAAAUUUUCUUUAACUGCCAUAAAUAAUGGAUUUUAUGUUUUGUAAGAAAAAACAUAAAACAAUGAAAGAAAUCACUUAAUCCGCUAAUAAAAUGGUGUAUACUAGAAGAAUAAA